AUGAAUACAGACAUCAGUACACACAUCAGUAAUUCUGUGCAGCUGGAAGGUGAAGCUGUAAUGAAGUCGUUAUUCUCCAGUCAUUAAGGCUUGUCUACUUCAAUCACCCUGAGCUCAGCUCAUUUGACACGAUCAAUACACUACGAGGAGGAGGAGGAGGUGUGUGUGUGUCAGUGUGUGUGUCAGAGUUGCCCUACGGGGACCAAUCGUGCUCUGUAAGGCUUGACAGACAGAACACACAGUGUUAGUCUACUAUGGAAGCUAAUACGCAGUGAGCUGACUUCACUAUCGGAAACACUUAUAUCCAAUGCCAUCCGGCACUAUUAGAAGUCUAAUAUAAGAUGUGGAGUCUGAAAUAAAAAUGCUGAUUUAGAAUGUGUUCCCACUACAACAAACCGUGUCACCUAUAAUGAGAAUAAGUGCUUGAACUUUACUAAACAGUUUAUCCUACCCACUGACAGUAUUGUUUCUUUAGAUUGUGUGUGUGUGUGUGUGGGUGUGUGUGUGUGUGUGUGUGUGUGUGUUUCUAGCUUAAUUAAGUUUAUAUUUGGCCACAGUCACAUUAGACCAUGGUUCCCCAACUGGCGGUGGUUUUAUUUGGCCCCCCAAGUGUUCUGAGCAACAAAGAAAACUAUAUUUUUUUGUGUGGAAUUUCAUUGUUGAACAUAAAAGACUGUAAAAACACCAGGAAAUCAGCCCCAAGUGAUUUUAAUUUAAGAAAUCUGUUCCCAUGUAUUCCUAAAACGCUCUGUACUUCACAUGUUUUAGUCAAACAUUAUAUCUGUUUUGUUCUUCUUGCGGUCAAUUUGCAGUCAACAAAUUAUUUGUAAUUAUGUUCCAGCCCCCCGACCAUCCACUCCAGAAAAAAUUUGGCCCGCAGCUGAAUGUAGUUGAUGAUCCUUGCGUUAGACUCUAGGGAUGUGUAACAAGACAAGCACUGGGGUUAUACACAGAUUGUGUCUGUGUCUGUUAACUUUCAGUACUCAUAUUAGCCUUUUCUCUCCCUCUCUCAAUUCAAUUCAGUUCAAAGGGCUUUAUUGGCAUGGGAAACAUAUGUUUACAUUGCCAAAGCAAGUGAAAUAGAUAAUUAACUAAAGUGAAAUAAACUAUAAAAAAUGUACAGUAAACAUUACACUCACAAAAGUUCCAAAGGAAUAGAGACAUUUCAAAUGUCAUAGUAUGGCUAUAUACAGUGUUGUAACGAUGUGCAAAUAAUUAAAGUGCAAAAGGGAAAAUAAAUAAACAUCAAUAUGGGUUGUAUUUACAAUGGUGUUUGUUCUUCACUGGUUGCCCGUUUCUUGUGGCAACAGGUCACAAAUCUUGCUGCUGUGAUGUCUUUCACCUAAUAGAUAUGGGAGUUUAUCAAAAUUGUGGGUCUGUGUAAUCUGAGGGAAAUAAGUGUCUCUAAUAUGGUCAUUCAUUUGGCAGGAGGUAAGGAAGUGCAGCUCAGUUUCCACCUCAUUUUGGGGGCAGUGUGCACAUAGCCUGUCUUCUCCUGAGAGCCAGGUCUGCCUACGGCGGCCUCUCUCAAUAGCAAGGCUAUGCUCACUGAGUCUGUACAUAGUCAAAGCUUUCCUUAAUUUUGGGUCAGUCACAGUGGUCAGGUAUUCUGCCACUGUGUACUCACUGUGUUCUCUCUCUCUCUCUCUCUCUCUCUCUCUCUCUGUCUCUCUCUCUCUCUCUCUCUCUCUCUCUCUCUCUCGCUCUCUCAACCCCACCCCUCUCACAGACUCCUCUCUGUUUAAGGCCAACCCCUGCUCAGAGCCAGGGAAACCGUGUAACCCAUGUCUUAACGCAGCCAAGGCCUGUAACCUCAACGAAACCUGCAAGAGACAACGCUCCAAUUACAUCGCUAUCUGCAACAAGCCUCCUCAGCCCUCACAGGCCAACCAGGAGCCUUGCAGCCGCAAACGAUGUCACAAGGUGGGUGGGGGUUGGACCUAA